CCGUUCAGUCUCAGUGCCUACCUUCACACCCGUACGGCAGGUAGAGCACCCAGGACUGGGAGUCUAUACACACAUACACACACCCUCACACAUACCCUCCCUACCCAAACACGCACACACACACUAAAACGCAACGAUAUACAAAUACACACACAUAUGCACACACACUCCCCUUUCUCAAAGGUGCUGUGAGCGAGCCGUUACAUUGGCCAGGCCCAUCAGCCCUGUGCGCGUCCACACCGAAGAGCGGGACCAUUCGGCACGGCGACGGACUGAGGUGGAUGAGGAUGAUGAAGAUGAUGGGGCCGUGCAGGUUGCUUGUGGGACUCCUGGUCCUGAAUAUGGUGCUGGCCUCUCCCCGAAGAUACGCCCGGCAAGCAGAACCAGACAACUAUGAUGUGGAUGUGGAUCUAAACAACUUCGACCUGGACAAUGAUCUUGACUAUUACGGCAUUGGAGAACCUCAGAUAGAGAUUGGCACCUUGGCCCCAGAUGAGGACCACUACCCUGCACCAGGAGCCUCGCUGGAGGAGGAGGUAGAAGAAGAACAGCAAAGAGAAAAGGAAAGACAUCAGAAUAAGAAGAAAAUUCCCACAAAGCCACAGCUUAUCCCAUCAGGCUCUGGGGAGCCAGGGGUUCUGAUGGGUCCUGACACCCAGGGAGAGGAGGAGCUUCGUCUGACACCCAUUGACAUCCUUCAUGUUUCUGGAGACAGCUCUGGAGGUUCUGGCGCUUCAGGGGCUUCGGAGGCUUCUGGAGAGGUCCUCUCUUCUGGAGUAUCUGGUUUUGGGGAGCAUCUAGGUUCUGGAGGCUCUGCAGAUGUUGCUUCUGGAGCUUCUGGGUACCAUGGUUCUGAAAGCUCUGGAAUCAGUGUUUCUGAAACCUCUGGGGACAUUGGGUCUGGAGUUCCUGUCGACCUAGUUUCUGGAGUUUCAGGGGACAUUGGUUCUGGGGUUCCUGUAGACAUUGUUUCUGAAGCUUCUGGGGACUUUGUUUCUGGUGUUUCUGGAGUUUCUGGGGACUUUGUUUCUGGAGUCUCUGGAGAUUUUGUUUCCAGUAUCUCUGGAGACUUUGUUUCCAGUGCCUCUGGGGACAUUGUUUCUGGAGUCUCUGGAGACUUUGUUUCCAGUGCCUCUGGAGACAUUGUUUCCGGAGUCUCUGGAGACUUUGUUUCCAGUGCCUCUGGAGACAUUGUUUCCGGAGUCUCUGGGGACUUUGAGACUGUUUCCUCUGCGGAAUUUGUUUCUGGAGUCUCAGGUGACAUUGCUUCUGGAGCCUCUGGGGACUUAGUUUCUGAAGUCUCAGGGGACUUAAUUUCGGGAUCAUCUGGAGGCUUUGUUUCUGGAAUUUCUGGGGAGCUUGGUUCUGGGCCUUCUGGUGAAUCUGGGUUAGAGAUUACACUCAUCCCUGACACAGGGGAGGAACUACCCCUGAGACCUACUAUUAUUCCUGAAGAAGCCACUGGGGUUUCUGGGGAGUCUGGGGCUCCUGAGCAGUCUGGUCUUCCUGAGGAGUCUGGACUUCCUGAAGAGUCUGGACUUCCUGAAGAGUCUGGACUUCCUGAAGAGUCUGGUUUACCUGAGGAGUCUGGUCUUCUUCCUGAGGAGUCUGGUCUUCUUCCUGAGGAGUCUGGUCUUCUUCCUGAGGAGUCUGGUCUUCUUCCUGAGGAGUCUGGUUUACCUGAAGAGUCUGAGGUUCCUUUGGAACCCAUCAGUCCUACUGAGCCUGGGGCUUCUGAGGAAAUUGAGGAUCCAGUGGUAAUAAUUCCUGACCUAGAGAAAGAGGAGGAGCUGCUUCCCACCACCCAGACCACCCCCCAGGAGGGUACUGGGGAAAUAGUAGAGUCAGGGGAGUCUGGGCUACCUGAAACUGAGAUUGAAAUUGAAAUUGAGGAAAUUGACGUAACAGGUAUGCCCACGUGUCUGCUCUGUACCUGCCUGGGAGGAUCUGUGUACUGUGAUGACGUGAAGUUGGUGCACGUGCCACCGCUCCCCAAAGAUACCACUCACUUCUACGCUCGCUACAACAAGAUCGCCAAGAUCAACAAGUCAGACUUCGCCAACAUGAACAAACUGAAGAGGAUCGAUCUGACGAGCAACGCCAUCGCCAAGAUUGACGAUGGAGCGUUCUUCGGCCUGCCUGCGCUGGAGGAGCUGAUUAUAAGGGAAAACAAGGUGGCACAACUCCCGGCUCUGCCACCCACCAUGACCCUUGUGGACGCCAGUCACAACAAACUGGGCAGCACUGCCAUCCAAAAUGAAGCCUUUAAGGACAUGCCUCAUCUGCUGUAUCUGUAUCUGACGGACAACAACAUCGACUACAUCCCUGUUCCUCUGCCGGACAGUCUGCGCUCUCUGCACCUACAGAACAACAACAUCCAGAUGAUACACGAGGACACUUUCUGCCAUGUGAACGACUUGAACUACAUUCGCUACGCUCUGGAGGACGUUCGCCUGGACGGCAACCCAGUCAACCUCAGCAGAAGCCCACAGGCCUAUGUGUGUUUGCCCCGUAUCCCCGUCGGUGCCCUAAUAUAAUCACACACACACACAGAUACACACCAAAACCUCUGUGAGAGUUUCCAACUAACUUUCUUUUUUUUUUAAACCUUGGGCUGGAGUAAACAUUUGUAUAUGAAUGGCUGUUUUAUACGGGAGGUUUGCACACACUUCCACUUCUCAGCUGCUCACUUCUCUCAAUGACGUGUUGUUUUAUUAUUUUUUGUUUUGUUUUGUUUAUUGUUUUGUUUAAUUUUUCCACCCACACAUACAUACAUACAUACAUACAUACAUACAUUCAUACAUACAUAUGUGCAAUAAACACACAUUGUUCAACAUGUUUAAAUGGGGAUGAAUGUCUGGUACACUAAACACUAAAAUUCACAAUUUAAGGAUCUCUGCCAAGCAGGGAAGUAUUUUCAAGUAGAAGGAAAUGCAACAAAAAAACACGAAAUUAAUCAAAAAAAAAAAUAUUGUCUCCCAAUUACAUAAAUAAAUGCAAAAAAUAAAUAAAUAAAAAAAACAUGUUGGUCUGUUUGGGACCGGCUGUCUUAACCAAACAAAUAAUGUCUUUAAUUUUUUUAAUGUUUUGUAAAGAAAAAAAAAAAAGAAAAUAUGAUAUAUUGUUAAUAUUCAUAUAAUUCUAACACUUUUUUUGGAAACUAUUCACCUAAUAUAAAUCAAUCCAAGCUGGUGCUCAAUGAAUCUCUGAAAAGGUUAAGCUGAUUAUCUAAAUGCAAUAAAAGAAGCAUUAUAACACAAACAUUCUGUUGUAAAGUCUGUAUUGUAAUAUAAAAAUAUAUAUAUUCUGAAUCCUUUUGUAUGUGAACUGCAAUAUUUGGUAUAUAGCAAUUCAAAACGUUGUUUUGACCAUAGGCAACAGCCUUCAAAUGAACACUUUAAACUGUUGUACUGUGUGAGGGCGGUGGGAACAGCGGGGGCUAUUAUACUAGCAUGGCAAUGUGUGCUUUGUAUGGAAAUACCACAAUUGAAUAAAGUUGUCUUCAUGACGGCUCAAAAACA